ACGAAAAGCUCAAAUCAAAUGUCAGUACCGCAAACAAAUUUUAUUUAAAUAAAUCAGUAUGUUGUAGUGAAAAUCCUAUUCGCGUGACUAUGCCGGGCUCGAUUUGCUGCCGUAAAGAGUCGCUUAACGCUCAUGUUUCUAAAGAGUAUGUUUAAGUCGAUUCUUAUUGGGCUCCCCGUCGGCCUAACCCUGCUGGACACCGUGGGGUAUGUGGCCCGGGUCGAGGGUAUAUCUAUGCAGCCAGCGCUCAAUCCAGAAGCGAAAAACAUGGACUACGUGUUUUUAUCGCGAUGGGCGAUCAGAGACUUCAGUGUGAAGCGAGGUGACGUUGUAUCGCUGGUGUCGCCGAAAGAUCCUAACCAGAAGAUUAUCAAGCGUGUGGUAGCGCUCCAGGGUGACGUGGUGAACACGCUGGGCUACAAAAGCCAGUACGUGAAGGUUCCCGAAGGCCACUGCUGGGUGGAAGGCGAUCACACGGGCCACACGCUUGACAGCAACACUUUUGGUCCAGUGUCACUAGGUCUGUUGAACGCGAAGGCUGUAGCCAUAGUGUGGCCUCCCGAUCGAUGGCAGCAACUCGAAGCUAAAUUGCCGACACACAGAAGACCGAUCAGCAUGCCUGUGUAGUUAAUGUUGUUUAGGACCACAAAAGUUACAUCAAUGUUUACAACUGCCGAAUGCUUUAUUACAUCUUGAUGUUUGUAGUGGUUCUAUAGUGGAAAUUUUAGCCUGUAUAAAAUAGGUGAUAAUGAUUGUAAAAUCUACCUUCAGUUACUUAAAUUAGGGGAAAUUUGUUGCUGUAUUAUAGACAUAAGUUCCAAUUUUUUAGUUGUAAUGAUUUACUUGUCUGCAUUUGCUAAAUGUUUUUGUUUCUGGGCCAUUCUAUUUAAAGUCUACACUUUAAUUUUUUUUGGAAAUUUUUAUGUUAUUUCUAUUCAAGCUCUUUCAAUCUUAGUGGGAUAAUAAAGGGUUCCCAAGAUUUUUUUCCAUUCCGUUACCAUUUUUUAUAGACUUUGUAUGUUGGUAAUGAAUUUUUUUUAAAUGGAAGGAACAAAAAAUUUAUGGAAAGUAGAAAUAACAUUUUUAAAAAAUACUUUUCAACUUUAAUAGCCCUGAUGCAUUAGUGUUUAGCCAAUAUAGCCAAGUAACCAUCCUUAAAGUAAUGCCAAAAUAACUGAUCUUGCUUUUAGAUCUCUUAACUAGUCUAUUUGUUUCUGUUUUGCUUCCUAUUAUGAACUAUGGUAGCAGAUGUAGUGCAUAAUUAUUUCUCUUCAUAUUUUCACAGAAACAUACGAACGUGUCUUGCUAUUUCAGUCAGUCUCAGUACAAAAAGUACUGACUUUGAAAGAAGUAGUAUGACAAAUACGAAUUUUUCCGAGAAAAUACGAAGGAAAACAAUUAUGCACUACGUCUGUACCUUUUAGAUAAUUUUGUUAUUGGUUGAAACUUCAAUAUCAAACUAGUGUUUCUGUAAACAGGUUUGAAAAGGUGACCUAGCCCAAUUGUUUCUCUUUUUAAACUGAAGGGACUGUAUUCUGUAAUUCUACCUACAAUCAAAUUAACUUAUUUAAAUUUCAUUGCAACUAAGUACAAACAGCAACACUCUUUAACUGUCCAUCGAUGGACCUUAUGCCAAUUGUAAUAAGGUGUACAAACUGUCAGUUAACAGUGUGGGUGAUGGUACCGCCUCUAACCC